AUGGCAGAAGUAGUAACGGCUGUGAUUCGUCGCAAAGAAGCCGGCGGGAGCAACCGCGUCACGGACGGUGACCUUGAGAGUUUCCUCUUCGGCGAGGAUGGCGACACGUCAGAAAUCGGUAAUCGUAGCCGUCGAUCCAGCCUCAGCUUCGAGCCGCUCACGUCGCACGAAGAAGACGACGGCGCUCCCGGCGGAGCCCGCGCCUACAAUUUUGGCGGAGGCCACGGCGGGGGGCAGGGCGGGGGACAGGGCGCGGGACAGGGCGGGGGACACGGCGACAGGAGGCGGAUGAGCGUGGAGGAGAAGAACGCGUUGUGGCGGGAAACCGUCCGCGCGCGCGUGUCGUUCAAGCGCGGAGGGGGAGGGUCGCGUGGGGAGCCGGAGGUGCAGGAGCCGCUGGUGCCGCGGAGCGGAGAGCUGGUUCCGCGGAGCGGGGAGCUGGUUCCGCGGAGCGGGGAACUGGUUCCGCGGAGCGGGGAACUGGUGAAUCGGCCACGGCCGCGAACGCCGCCGUUAGGCACGGAGAGGGGGACGGAGCGGAGCGGUGUGUCAGGAUACGAGACGACUCAUAGGAGCAGCAUUUCUGUCGCGGACAGGGGAACGGAAAGGGGAACGGAUAGGGGAACGGAGAGGGGAACGGAACGAAGCCCAACGGCUAGCGGGGCAGAGCGGGGUGGGAAAGGGGGUUCGAAUAAGGAGCGAGACGCGGCUGUGGUGGCAGCUGCGGCAAAGGUUCUGUCGGUGUCUGCUGCUGCGGCGAUAUGGGGGGGGAGUCAGAAGGAGGGCAGUACAGUGGGCACGGGGAGCAAAGUGGGUCCCGACUCUGCUGAUGAGUCCAAAAGGUCUGGCCACGCCUCGACAGCAGCCCCCCUGUCGUCAGCAACGCCGGUGAAAGGCGCUGCACCCCCUCCCACGGACUAUGACCCCUCACAAGAGGUCCCGAUGGGCAAGCACACGCACAUCCUCCUCCCAGACGGCACCUUCAAAGUCCCCACAGCAGACGACCAUGAUGCCACCACUGCCACGGGCCAGCACACGGCCACGGGGAGGAGCAGUGGUGCUGGUGAUAGGCCGGCGAGGCAGGCUGCUGUGCAUUGGGAGGACUGGGCAAGCGACGAGGAGGAGGAUGAGGAGCAGAUUGAUGCUAUGAUGCUGGAAGCACACGGCCACGGGGAGAGCAGUGGUGGCGGGGGGGGGAGCAACCGGCCGGUGAGGCAGGCUGCUGUACAUUGGGAGGACUGGGCGAGCGACGAGGAGGAGGAUGAAGAGCAGAUUAAUGCAAUGAUGCUGGAAGGGGUUUGGAGGUUGAAUGGUGACCAUGAUGCCACCACUGCCACGGGGCAGCACACGGCCACGGGGAGGAGCAGUGGUGGCGGGGGGGGGAGCAACCGGCCGGUGAGGCAGGCUGCUGUGCAUUGGGAGGACUGGGCGAGCGACGAGGAGGAGGAUGAAGAGCAGAUUGAUGCAAUGAUGCUGGAAGAUGGAGGGGAUCAAGUGAGGCAGGCUGCUGUGCAUUGGGAGGACUGGGCGAGCGAUGAGGAGGAGAACGAGGAGCAGAUUGAUGCAAUGAUGCUGGAAGGCACUGCGGAGGACUGGGCGAGCGACGAGGAGGACGACGAGGAGGAGGACGAGGAGCAGAUCGAUGCAAUGAUGCUGGAAGGCACUGCGGAGGACUGGGCGAGCGAUGAGGAGGACGAGGAGCAGAUUGAUGCUGUCAUGCUGGAAGGUGAGGGGCGGGAGGGUGUGGGUGGUGUACUGUACCUGGUGGUUGGUGUGCUCCACAAAGCAAACAGACUCCCCUGCCCUUCCCUUCCCCACUCCUCCCCUGUCCCUCAUGUCCCUCCGGACAUCUACUUCAAGGUUAAAGCAGCGGAUAAACGUUUAGACGACUACAAGAAUCUGGUGUCGUUCCUGUGCUUCAUCCUGCUGUACCUGGUGGUGCUGUACAUGCAAGCCGACUCCCCUUCCCUCCCCUCUCCCCUUCCUCCCCUGUCUGUCCCUCUCACCUCUCAGACAUCUACUUCAAGCCGACUCCCCUUCACUCCCCUCUCCCCUUCCUCCCCUGUCUGUCCCUCUCACCUCUCAGACAUCUACUUCAAGGUUAAAGCAGCCGACAAGCGUUUAGACGACUACAAGAACCUGGUGUCGUUCCUGUGCUUCAUCGUGCUCUACCUGGUGGUGCUGUACAUGCAAGCCGACUCCACUGAUGGCUUUGAGGUGUCCACAGCGCACAACAUACUGCUGCCUUCGGGGGCAUCAGGCAGCGAGCUCAACGCUAUGAGUGGACCGGACGAAAUGUAUCAGUGGGUUAACGACAGCAUCAUACAGGUGGUGUGGGAGGGGCCUCACUGUGGCAACAGUGUGUGCGACAACCCCUUGGAGUAUGCAGCAUUCGGGCGCUUUGGGUGCGAGGCAGACUGCGGGGUGUUUGAGAACGUGACCCACGUGGUGGUUCAUAUUCAUUCCUCCUUCUCCUCGCAAGCCGACAAGGAGAGCAGCUCGUGGAACCUGUGUAUGGUGCAGCCGACUAACCUGUGCUGGUUCGAGGAGCCUCAGGUGUUUUCCGAGCUCCAAUCAGAGACCGCUUUAGACCUCUUCAUUCCGGACGGCGACUGGCAGAUCAAGCUCGACGCGCCGGGCGGCGGCGUUCGGGGGAUAGUGCAGGUGGUCGGCGCACUCAGCAGCAACGCCACCCUGCAACGAACCAACGGCAGGGGCGGCCGAACCGGCCGAGGCUCGGCGACAGGCUGGGGAACGGCCUGGAGCGUGUCAGGCAACGGGGGAGGUUCGGCGGGAGUGUUGGAUACGAACCUAGCACAGCUAACAGACCUGGGAGCCAGUAAAGACGUUGUAGUAACGUGGGGUGGGUGUGCGACGAGCAAAUCAACGGUGGAGAAUGGUCGAUCGGCGGUGCUGGCUAAGAGGCUGUAUGGGUGCAGGGAGACAUGUGCUGCGAUGGCGACGUGUGUGCUGGGCGCGUGUGAGAACGUGGGGGUGGAAGAGGCUUCGGGCGUGUUUGUGGACUGCGCUGUGGUGUGCAACAUGGCGCCCUUUACAAUCACACAAUACAGCAACUGGACCUGCGUUGAGAUGCUACAGACCACCACCACCGUUCUCAAGAACAUCAACUGCUCAGUGAAUGCCACGUAUGUCAAGGCACUGAGAAGAAACGCCAGCAGCAGCAGCUCCAACUCCAGCAGCAACAGCAAUGCACAUGUGACGUCCCACCAGCGGCGGUUGCUGCAGCUGGUUCGAGGGCAGCCACCCCAGACACCGCCUCUACAGGAGCAAGCACAUAGGCCUUCGCAGCGGCAAAUGCACUUGAGCCCUGUUACUUCUAUAAAAGCGCCUCGAGUGCAGGUGAAAUCACAGGGGCGGGAUCAGGGGAAAGCACAGGAGAAAGAAGGCAGGGGCGGGAUGGUGCGUUCUGUUGCAAGAAAGCCGAGAGCGGGACGAAUGCUGGGGUCGGAUGGAGACGUGCGGUUGCCUCGCCACCACCACCCCCUGUGGCAUGUGAGGCGAGAUAUUCCAGUGCAGGGCUCGAGAGAAGGGGCAGAGGCGCAGGGAGGGGCAGCAGCAGAAAAUGGGGGGAGUGGGUUGGCAGCAGAAGAAGCGGACGAGGGAGGGUUAGCAGUGGGUACGGAGGACGAGGAGGCAAAGGAAGAAGGCGAGGAAGAGGAAGCAGCAGAUAGCGGCUUUAGCGUGUGGACCGACAGCAGUGGCAGAGCAGUCAGCAUGGGACACAUAGAGAGUGUGCGAAGCAUGGGAGGUAGUAUGGAGAGCCUGGGAAGAAUUGGCGGAUUCAUGAGCCAUCGAGCCUUGAAUGCUGUGCCAUCGCCCAGCCCGCUUACACCAACAGCUGCAACCGCAGCAGCAGCAGCAGCAGCAGCAGCAGCUACUGCUACCGCCUUGUUCCCUACCAUCAGCACUGCUGAUUCUGCCGGCUUUGACUCGUACGCUGCUGCUGAUAGUCUAAUUCAACCGCAACAGCUGCAACCACCACCGCAACAGCAGGAGCAGGGGAAUCAGCAGCAGCAGCGGCAGCAGCAGGCAGACGCACAGGCAGUCCCACAGGCAAGCUCACAAACAAUCACAGACGCGUGGGCAGCACUAGGCCCCACGGAGCGGCAGCGGUGGUUCAACCUGCGAGUGGCUGUGAGCCGCGCGCUCUACUCCUGGGUGGGAGACGCCUGUCUUGCAAAGGUAUUCUCGGCCGUGUCUCUCGAUUCUGCCACCCGCGCUCGUGUUUCUGCCUUGUUCUGUGCGCUGCUGCAUAGUCCUGGGGAAGUUCUCGGUGCUGCUGCUGGCGCUGGUGCUUCUGAUGGUCUUUCUGGUGCUGUUGCUGGUGCUGGUGCUGGUGGUGUUGCUGGUGGUGUUGGUGGUGGUUUUGGUGGAAGGCUGGAGAUCACUGAUACAGUCUUGACAAAUGGAGCAGCAGUGGAUGGUGCCCUGCUUGGCAGCACUUUGAGCAGCAGCAGCAACAGCAGCUCCAUCGGCGGUGGUUUGCUUGGCAGCAGUUUGAGCAGCAGCAGUUCAUUCGACGUGGCAGCAGUGGGAGGGAACGGCUGUGUGCUCGGCCCGUUCACGUCUGUCGAUGGAUCCGUGGCUGCUGCUGCUGCUCACUUCGCCUUUCUCGGCUUCCCUCCUGCUCCUCCUGCUCCGGCUUCCAACACCACUAACACCAGCAAGACUGCUUAUAACGCAGCUGCUUCUAACGGGGCUGCUUCUGAUGAAUCUGCUUCUACUAUCAGUGCCUCUGCUCUGCUCUCCAGGCGUCUGCGCAUGUCCCGGGACCAGUUUGCGCGGUUCGUAGGAACCUUCCUGGAUGCUGUGGAGUCGGUCGUGGUGGUGGAUGGGGCCACGUUGUCUCGCCUUUCCUCCCACCUCUACGUCGCAGCGAUCGGGCUAGUCGAUGGGAGCAUGGAGGGCUGCAGCCUGCAUGGGCGCUUGCUGGAGUGGGCAGUGGGGGCGGAUUUCAAUGUGACAGUGGGGAGGGGCGACAGUGUGCAGUUCGUGUGGGCUGAUGACUACCCUCACUCCGUCAAGGUGCGUGGGCUGGGCAGCAGUGCGCACGACAACCUGUUCAAAGGCUAUGGCGCCAACCGCAUGGUGCUGUCGAGGCACAGCCGGUGUGCUCCAGACAACGUGGGCACCAUGCCGCUUGAUGGCCCGCCACACCCAUGCGCGCUCUAUGGGCCGACAGAUACCCCCGCAUUCACCUACACUGCUGUCUUCACGCAAACCGGGUCGUUCAAAGUGGAGUGCGGGCGGUUUGGGGCCGAUAUGACUGCCACAAUCCAUGUUGUGGAUGAUGGCGAGGAUGACUCUACUUUUCUCCUGGAUCCGUUCUUUGAUGCCAGCACCGCCAGCACCACCGCCAACACCACAACCCCACUCACCUCCUCCUGCUACCCUGGCUGCUCAUUCGGCAACAUAGCCGACGGCCGCUGCGACCCUCUCUGCAACAACCACCACUGCGCCUUCGACGGCGGUGACUGCGAGUGCGCGACUUUAGCCGGCAGCGGUGGGGGAGUGGGGGGGGAGUGUCCGUGCCCUUCAGGGCAGACCAGGUCGGAGGCAGGUUCGUGCUGCCCCACCGAUGCUGUGGGUACGAACCUGCUGUUCCCGUUCCAACUGCGGUCGUUCGGGCCGGACGCGCAUGCGAGCAACACGCAGUUCUCAGAGCUGUAUGAGAAGCCUCUGCAUCGGCAUGUCACAGAGAGAAACAGGCUGCUAGUGGGCCUCUAUGUGUUACAGACCCGCUGGGGCUCCCGCGAAUGCGAAUCCAAGAAGUUCGCAAGCAUCUGGCCGAACUGUCUGACCAACGCCACCAGCCUGACCUCCUUCGGCAUCAACCCACGCUUCCUCUCCACCUCCGACCUAUAUGAUCCUAUUGUGGCUGCCACCAACCAGACGGGCCUUGAGAAUUCCACCCUCAGCUCUGCUCCUCUCUUCAACGACGAGGGGCUGCCUUAUGGCUUCGUUCCUCCCAUGGAUGGCCUGGACUCCUAUCCGCUCGUAUUCGAUGUCAAUCUCAACAGAGUAGCGGCCACCAAGCGCCUGCAGUACCUCGCAGAUGGAUUUUUCUUUGACAACCUCACCAAGUCUGUUGAGUUCGCGCUCAUCACUUAUAACGCGGAUGUCAACAUGUUUGUCCUUUCCAAGGUCCGUAUAGAGGUGGAUGUUGGGGGGAAGUUGGGCUACACGUACCGGUUAGUUCCCAUCCCCGUGGAGCCCUACUCGUCGGCCUCCUCCUAUGCUCAGAUGGUACUGGAGAUCAUCUACGUGGUGUGCGUGGCAUACAACCUGCUGGAGGAGGUCAACGAGAUGUUCCAGACGUACCGUCAUUCGGGCAGCUUCUUGCAUCACUUUCGCCAGUUUGGCAACUGGAUCGACCUGCUCUCGCUCUCCAUUCAAAUAUGGGGUAUUGUCGUCUGGAUCAUCAUGGUGCAAAAACUCACGCCUCUCUCCGACAUCAGUGUGCGCUACAAUGUUUACACCUCUCUCGACGACACAGCAUCGCAGUUCUGGGCGGUCAACACGACGUCAGGCGGCUUUGAGAGGGCGAUGCAGGUGUAUCGGACCAUGGAUGACAUUAUCCAGCUGCGCUCCUUCUACUUCGCCAUCCAAGGAAUCAAUGUCUUCCUGAUGGUGCAGCGCCUUCUGAAGCUGAUGGACUUCCAGCCGCGGAUCGGCAUCAUCACGCGCACCAUGGCAGCAGCCCUUCCCGCCAUCCUGCACUUCUUCCUCGUCUUCGGAAUCAUCUUUCUCGGCUUCUCCUUCUAUGCCUACCUCGUCUUCGGUCGCACGCUCGCUCAGUUCCGCACCAUCCCCAACUCCAUGCUCUCCUGCUUCUUCAUGCUCAUUCAAGACAACUCCACUGCGUAUUACUACGCGAUGCUGGAGGGUUGGGAGCGGUUGGCGGCGUUUGUGUUCUGGCUGUCGUUUAUCGUGAUCAUGUGUUUUAUUCUGAUGAAUGUGGUGAUUGCGAUUGUGGUCGAUGCGUUUAUGGAUGUAAAGGAGGCCGCUCAGGAGGAGACGGCGCUCCCGAUUGAUAUAUGGAUUCUGCUCAGGAACCUCUGGCAACGAAUAUGCACACCAUACUGGAGUCUCAGGAAGCUGAGGCACCACUUGUUGUUCUUGGGGACCCACGAGAAGACCCGAGAGGAGGAGGAGGCACUAGCGCAGCAGCGCAAGUCGGCACUAUCGGAGGUGGCUGGAAUGAUUCGCAAGGGGUGCUUUAUGUCGAAGCAGGAGCGCGAGACACUGAGGCGGAUCCACCAGACGAAGAGGGUGGUGGAUGUGGGCAUUGAUAAGAUGGACAUGGUGUCUCUUUACGAGCUCAUGAACCGCAUGUAUGAGCGCAAGACGAAGAGGGUGGUGGACGUGGGGAUUGAUGAAAUGGACAUGGUGUCUCUUUACGAGCUUAUGAACCGCACCUACGAGUGCAAAACAAAGAGGGUGGUGGACGUGGGCAUAGACAAGAUGGACAUGAUGUCGCUCUAUGCGCUCAUGAACCGAAUGUAUGAGCGCAAGACGAAGAGGGUGGUGGGCGUGGGCAUUGACAAGAUGGACAUGAUGUCGCUCUAUGCCCACAUGAACCGCACGUAUGAUCGUAAGCACCCGUUCUCCUGCCUUCCCCCUCCCCACCCCUUCCCCCAGAUGGCGUCUAUGAGUCCCACCAAAGCAGCCAGCAAGUCCCACCAGGUGGACCCUGUAACCAUAGCCGAGUCAGUCAUGGGGCAAUUCGGAGAAGACGUGGAAGUAGCUCUCCUAGGGGAGAAGCCCAAGAAGGGCAAGAGCGGGGAGAUGUCUCACAUCAAGCGAUCCCUCUUCCCCUUCUCCCCGUCACCAUCCCCCCACCAGAUGGCGUCUAUGAGCCCAACCAAAGCAGCCAGCAAGUCCCACCAGGUGGACCCAGUCACCAUAGCCGAGUCAGUCAUGGGGCAGUUUGGGGAGGACGUGGAGGUGGCACUCUUAGGAGAGAAGCCCAAGAAGGGCAAGAGUGGGGAGAUGUCUCACAUCAAGCGAUCUCUACAGCGGUUGGAGGAGAACGCGGAUGAGACUGCGUAUGUUCUACUGCAGGUGCAAGAAUCGUUGGAGAAGAUGAGAAGGGAGCAGGAGGAGAUGCAGCAGCAGCAGCAGCUGAUGCUGCUGAGAGGGUCUGGGAAAGAGAGGCGGCCGGAGUUGGGGUUGGGGAGGGGUGGAAGGCAGUGGAGUAGGGUGAGGAGAAGGUUUGAGGAUGAUGAUGAGGGUGAUGAUGACAAUGCUGAUGUUUCUGCUGCGGCUGCUUCACGUGGCUGGGCCGGCGGCGGCGGGGGAAGCAGCAAUCGCGGUGGAUUCGGCGGUGCUGCUGCUGCUGCCAGUGCUGCUGCUGGCGACUCUUCUGGUUCUGGUGCUGGUGGUGCUGGUGCUGGUGCUGGUGCUGCUGGUGCUGCUGGCGGGGGUGAUUCUGCUGUGAGUGGCUCUAACAAGGGCAUAACUCACUCCUCCAGUGCAGGAGAGGCAACUCUAGCCGCUCUCACCAAGCAAUUCCCUCGCUCCAUCUCAGGCAUGAAAGGAAGCCUCUCGUUCGAACAGCUCGCUCCCACCUCCCCCACACGCACCCCCACGCUCCACACCAACAGCCUUCCAAGUCCCAUCAUACCUGGGUUUAUGAGCCGGAGAAAGACUGACAGUUCUGAGACACCUCAAAACCCCAUUAUACCUGGGUUCAUGAGUAGGAGGAGGACAGACAGUGCUUUGCUGCCAGGCAGCAGGCAGAAUUCUAACGUGCCGGGGCUAUCCGGUGGGUUGAAUUUUGAUGCUGGUAUGGGCGGGGGAGGAGGGGGAGGGGCAGGGGAGGGGAUCGGUGGGCUGAGUCCGAUUGCGAGUGUAGCCAGUGGGUAUACGGGGAUCAUGGGGAACAGCGGGAUGAUGAGUCCGGUAGGGUCUCAUAGCAUGGGGGCGGGGUGGGCAGGACAUGGGGCAGCAGGGGGCAGAAUGGGGGGGGAGUUUGGCAGUUUCGGCAACCCGGGCAGGCAGCGACGAGCCCGAACGGCCCAUAUGAAAUCCUUUGGGGGGGAUGAGCCGAGUAUUCUUGAUGCUGUGGCUAAGCUUGGUGGGGGUGUGGGGCGGAUUGGGGGCGAGGAGGUGGGGAACACGAGCGGGCGGCACAGGCCGGGUGGUUUUGGCAGUAUGCCGAGAGGGGCGGCGGAGGAUAUGGGCAUGAGGAGGAAAAUGGGGGAUUUUCCGUCUAUGGGAGCGGGGAUGGGUGCUGGGUGGGGAAUGGGUGAGGACGUGGGGAAUAUUAGCGGGCGGCGAAGAGCUUUAGAGUUUGGGUCAAUAAGACGAGGAAUGCCGGGCGGCGGCAUGGUCGGAGGAGCGUCUCCUUACCGAGGCGGUGGGUUUUUAGGCUCGGCAACGGCUGGGUUUGCCCAGCCUCGGUCGAUCAUGGCGGAUGGUGGGUUUGGAAACCGGAAGUUCGGGGAAGGUAUGGGGGCAGGUAGUAGGAGAAUGGUGGGAGGGGAGAAGCAAGGGAGUAGGGCUUCGGCUUUAUUGGCGGAGCUUCAGGCUGCCCGGGCGGCGGGAGGGGCGGGGAGUUGGACGAGGAUUCAUGAAGGCGAGGUGAAGAAGGUGCAGGUGAAAGGACUUCUGCAAAGAGAGGGUGGUGGCGAUCUCUUCGCCGCCAUGUCGAGACGCUAUGACAGUCGCACGACGACGUUUUCGCCGGAAGGCCGGCUGUUCCAGGUGGAGUAUGCAAUGGAGGCCAUCAGUCACGCAGGAUCAGCCAUAGGCAUUCUGGCGACGGACGGCGUGGUGCUGGCAGCAGAGAAGCGCAUCACGUCCAAGCUGCUGGAGAGCAGCAAGACGAACGAGAAGAUGUACCGAAUCGACGACCAUGUCGCUGCUGCUGUCGCUGGGAUUACUGCUGAUGCGAAUAUCCUCGUGAACUCGGCCCGGCUUGCUGCUCAGCGCUACACGUACGCGUAUCAGGAGCCUAUCCCCAUGGAGCAGCUAGUGCAGUCUCUGUGUGACACCAAGCAGGGCUACACGCAGUUUGGUGGUCUGCGUCCCUUCGGCGUCUCCUUCCUCUUUGCUGGUUGGGACAAGCAUCAUCAGUUUCAGCUGUACCAUUCAGACCCCUCAGGGAACUACGGUGGCUGGCGGGCAUGUGCCAUUGGAGCCAAUCACGGCGCAGCACAGUCGCUGCUGAAGCAGGAAUACAAGGAAGAGAAGGGGCCGGGAGGGGAGGCGAUCCCAGGGAUGGAUUUGGAGGGGGCAGUGCAGCUGGCGCUGAAGGUGCUUAGUAAGACCAUGGACAGCACGAACCUGAGUGCGGAGAAGAUUGAACUGGCUAGAGUGUGCCUGGAAGAUGGACAAGUCAGGUACCGUGUAUUUGAAGCAAAGGAGAUUGAUGAGUUGCUGCUGAAGUAUGAAAUGGCUCAACCCAAGGACGAGGAGAGAUGA